AGGCGAGGCUUCAGAAAAGAUUUGCGCGUGCGUGACACCAGCGAUUGACGGGAGUCUGAGCUCGGUGGCUUUUGAUGGACCAUCCCUAUGAAGAAACAGGGUUACAAUGGGACAAAGUACCUCAGAGCAAGAGGUCAAAGACGACACUCCAGAGGAAACACUCAAUAAUAUCAAGGCAAUCAUGGAAGAUCAGCUGCAGACGAGCAUGAUGGUGGGCAUAGUGAUUGUUGCAGUGUUGGCCAUGGUCCUCAUCGCCAUCCUCAUCUUUUUCAUUCAGCGGAGGAUCCGGCAGCGAAGCUUAGAAGCACAGGAAGUGCCCAAAUAUCGCUUUCGCAAGAGGGACAAAGUCAUGUUCUAUGGUCGAAAGAUCAUGCGUAAAGUGUCCCAGUCUACCUCUUCUCUGGUGGGUACAUCCUCCUCCUCUCGGCCACGCUUGAAAAAGAAGCAGAAGAUGCUCAACAUUGCCAAAAAGAUUUUGCACUUUAAAAAGGAGGUGCCCACCCUCCAGGCCAAGGAGCCACCUCCUUCAUUGUUGGAGGCAGAUCUUACAAAAUUUGAUGUGGCCAACUCCCACCUCCCUUCAGAGGUGCUUUACAUGCUGAAAAAUGUCCGUGUACUGGGUCACUUUGAGAAGCCCCUUUUCCUGGAGCUGUGCAAACACAUGGUGUUUCUGACCUUCCAGCAAGGAGAGUAUGUCUUCAGACCAGGCCAGCCUGACAGCAGCAUCUAUGUGGUUCAGGAUGGGAAACUUGACUUGUGCCUUACUGGAACGGAUGGAAAAGACAGUGUAGUGAAGGAGGUUUUCCCAGGAGACAGUGUUCACAGCCUCCUGAGCAUCCUGGAUGUCAUCACUGGCCAUCAGAGACCUUAUAAAACAGUGUCAGCACGUGCUGCAGAGGUUUCCACUGUUCUUCGUUUACCCGUUGAGGCCUUUCUGUCUAUUUUUGAGAAGUAUCCAGAGUCUCUAGUGCGAGUGGUCCAGAUUAUCAUGGUUCGUCUGCAAAGAGUAACAGUCCUAGCCCUGCACAACUACCUGGGACUCACCAAUGAGCUCUUCAGUCACGAAAUACAGCCAACACGUCUGCCACCUCAGUCACCCCACCCACCCCGCACUAGUCCAACCCGACAUGGUAAGCGCUUUGGCAGCCUAACAGUAUCUGAAGAGCAUCGAGAAGCUGCCAUUAAGGGUGAAGCUGCAGAAGGGGAACAAGGGAAGGAUGGAGGAACAGUACCAACCCUUAGCAGGACCAUCUCCAUGCCUGUGGACAUUUCUGGUAUACAGAAAAGCUUGAGAUCAGAUUUUGAUAUGGCAUAUGAAAGAGGACGGAUCUCUCUGUCAGCAGAGGAAGGAAACACUCCUCCUACCUUUACUCGGUCUGUAUCUCAGGACCAGAGGGAGAGAAGGGUAACAGUGGAUGAGGUUCCAUCUGGGAUCUACUUGUAUCCAGAAGAAGAGUCAGUUGUGGACAGUAUAUUUUUACCUGUAACCUGUCGAUCCAGUGCUGCUCUGUUUGAAGACGCUCAGAAAGAUGUCCUCAAACUCAUGAAUAUUGAGGAUCCAGCCUUGUUAAAUGGGAAAGUGACUCUGCACCACGCAAAAGCCGGAGCUAUUUUAGCCAGACAGGGAGACCAGGAUGUGAGCCUACACUUUGUCUUGUCUGGUUGUUUGCACGUCUACCAGCGUUUGAUCAACAAGCAGGAAGAGGUCUGCUUGUUUGUAACUCAGGCAGGCGGAAUGGUGGGUCAGCUUGCUGUGCUCACUGGAGAGCCCCUCAACUUUACCAUCAAGGCCCUCCGUGACUGUACUUACCUUAAGAUCUCAAAAUCAGACUUCUAUGAGAUCAUGAGGGUGCAGCCCAGCGUGGUUUUGAGUGCAGCCCACACCGUGGCCACUCGCAUGUCAUCUUUUGUCAGGCAGAUGGACUUUGCAAUUGAUUGGAUGGCUGUGGAGGCUGGCCGAGCCCUCUACAGACAGGAUGACAAAUCUGACUGCACUUACAUUAUCCUUAAUGGCCGACUGCGUUCAGUCAUCCGCAAGUCAAAUGGCAAGAAAGAGUUAGUUGGGGAGUAUGGCAGAGGAGACCUCAUUGGAGUGGUGGAGGCUUUGACCAAACAACCAAGAGCUACUACAGUCCAUGCUGUGAGAGACACAGAGUUGGUCAAACUGCCCGAGGGAACGCUCAACAACAUCAAACGACGAUAUCCCCAGGUGGUUACGAGGUUAAUCCACCUAUUGGGCCAAAAGAUUCUGGGAAACCUGCAACAGAGUCGGCCAUUCUCGGGUUCAGCCCUCAAACUUCCAAGUAUGACAGGCAGUGCUGAUGUGACCAACCCUGCUAGCAACCUCUCCACCGUGGCUGUCUUGCCUGUGUGUGAUGAGGUGCCGAUCAAUGCAUUCAACCUGGAGCUCAGCCAUGCUCUUAGUGCUAUCGGACCCACUCUGCUUUUAACAAGUGAUAUAAUCAGAGAGCGACUGGGUGCAUCUGCUUUGGACAGCAUCCACGAGUAUCGUCUGUCCGGCUGGCUGGCCCAGCAGGAGGACAUCAAUCGUAUUGUUCUGUAUCAGACUGACAACAGCAUGACCCCAUGGACUCAGCGCUGUAUCCGCCAGGCCGACUGCAUCCUGAUUGUGGGCCUGGGUGACCAGGAGCCUACGCUGGGAGAGCUGGAGCAGAUGCUGGAGAACACAGCAGUUCGGGCUCUGAAGCAACUGAUUCUAUUACACAGAGAGGAUGGUCCAGGCCCUUCCAGGACAGUGGAGUGGCUCAACAUGCGCAGCUGGUGCUCUGGGCAUCUACACCUCAAGUGUCCCCGCAGAGUCUUCUCCAGACGGAGUCCUACUAGACUGAGGGAAUUAUAUGAGAAAGUGUUUGAGAAAACGGCAGACAAACACAGCGACUUCUCUCGGCUGGCCCGAGUGCUGACUGGAAACAGCAUUGCUCUUGUGCUGGGAGGAGGUGGAGCCAGAGGCUGCUCUCAUGUGGGUGUCAUCAAAGCUAUGGAGGAAGCAGGAAUUCCAAUUGACAUUGUGGGCGGUACCUCGAUCGGAUCAUUCAUUGGUGCCCUGUAUGCUGAGGAGAGGAGUGCUGUUCGAACCAAACAGAGGGCCAGAGAGUGGUCUAAUGGAAUGAACUCAGUAUUUAAAACAGUCCUGGAUCUGACCUAUCCCAUCACCUCUAUGUUUUCUGGCUCUGCCUUCAACACCAGCAUCUAUAAAGUGUUCCAGGACAAGCAAGCUGAGGACCUGUGGCUGCCAUAUUUCAACGUCACAACUGACAUUACGGCCUCAGCUAUGCGUGUUCAUCAGGAUGGUUGCAUCUGGCGCUAUGUUAGAGCCAGCGCCUCCUACACUCCUUAUUUACCUCCCCUCUGCGACCCCAGGGAUGGUCACUUACUUGUGGAUGGUUGCUAUGUUAACAAUGUCCCAGGCUCUCUGUGGCGCUAUGUACGGGCGAGCAUGACCCUUUCUGGGUACCUGCCGCCUCUCUGUGACCCCAAAGAUGGCAACUUGCUAAUGGAUGGUGGCUACAUCAACAACCUGCCAGCGGACAUUGCAAGGAACAUGGGUGCCAAAACGGUCAUCGCCAUUGAUGUGGGCAGCCAGGAUGAGACGGACCUCUGUAACUAUGGUGACUGCCUGUCUGGCUGGUGGUUGUUGUGGAAACGGAUCAACCCAUGGGCAGAAAAAGUAAAGGUUCCUGACAUGGCAGAAAUCCAGUCUCGAUUAGCCUAUGUGUCCUGUGUGCGGCAGUUAGAGGUGGUGAAGAAGAGUGCCUACUGUGAGUACAUUAGACCACCCAUCGACCGCUUCAAGACCAUGGACUUCGGCAAGUUUGAUGAGAUCUUUGAUGUAGGUUACCAGCAUGGUAAGAUGGUGUUCAGUGAUUGGGCUGAAGGAGACAGCAUCAUGAAUAUGCUGAAGGACCACCGUUCAGCUGAUUACAACGACAGCAAGAAGACUGAUUCCUGCACAUGUCCAGGAGCUGAUUUCACUGACCUCGCAGAGAUUGUGUCCAGAAUAGAUCCAGUCCAAACCUACAUAGCUGCUGAAGCUGAGGAGUCAGACUGUCUGACAGAGUAUGAAGAAGAUGGGAUGGACAUAGUGAGAGAGGAGGAGGAGGGGGAGGAAGAGGAGGAAGAGGCAGAGGAGCCUGAGGACCACUCCCCUGGAGAAUGGGGCCAGAAUGGAGUUUUCCAAACUGAUGAAGAGAAAUCUGUGCGGCAACGAAGGAAACUCCCACAUGACACAUCUGAAGUGUCUGACUGCUGACAGAAGGUGCGCAGAAGGAUAGGAAACAAAGAACAAGGUCCAUAUCAUGGUUCCAUUGACUGCAGAGGCUACAGUGUUGCAGUCAGCUCCUGCAGUGUCUUAAACUCGCCCAUCAUCCAGUUUUUGAAUCUUCUUUGAACAAAUAUCUGACAUUUUCCUUCUUGCUGGCUUCACUUACCUGCAACAUGACAUGAUUCAUGUAUCUGUUUCACAACUUUAAAACAACAGAAAGUUGCAGACUUUGUAUCUUAUGUUUAAGAAUGUAUGUACAUCUUAAUUGUUUCAAUCCAUUGUUGACCAUUUCACCUUCCAUCAUCUGUGUGUGCAUGUGUGUACGCUUUGGUUUAGGAUGCUUGUUUUUGUUGUUUGUUUGUUUGCACAGAAUUAAAAAGCUGUGCUGAAAUGAAGAUGAUCUCUGAGCUGUCACAUUACUGACAUGUAAUGGCAAAAAAAAAAGAAACUAGAGAGCAAACAUCUGUGGCCUUGAUGGCCACCAGAACCAUGGGAAUGGCAACAAGGCUUUACAAAUAACAGUCUGUUUUUGUUUUAUAUUAUGUUCACUGUAAAUGUAAAAAAAAAUGCCAACAUGGCCCGGAAUAGAAGGUUUACUGGUCCUUGUCUGUACCAAGCAGAACCCAAGAUUUUAGAGCUCAUUAUGCAGUAAUUACUUAUGGAAUGUUUGCCGACCCACCUAACUCAGUAGGCGGGUUUCCAUUACCCCCAAAUUGCACAACUUGAAGUAGCGAAUUGAAAAUAUGCUUUAUGGAAACACAUGUAUUUCAAGAAAAUCCUAUCAGAUUGUUGGGAAGGUGUCGUGACACGGAUCCACAACAGGGGGCGUUAAUGAACGGACAAUGGAUAAGCCAAAAGUAACAAUUUAA